UCAAAAUAAAAACACUCGUUUGGACAGUUUAUUAAAUAAAUCUUAAUAGUUCAGACGCGAUUUUUAUAAUAAAAGUAUGUCACAGUUCCGAAAAAAUGAAAAUACAUUCAACAAGGGAAUGUCAUCAGCUUCUCAGCGAUCGAAAUCCAAGACCAGAUUCGAAAAUGUCAUUCCUAAAACAAAUUCAGGCUAUCAUGUUGGAAAAAUGAUGGAGGAUUUCGAUAUCAUCCAAAGAAACUUCCACUUCAAACCUGAUGAGAUUUUUCCUAGGAUCAAAAUAUCAUUGCUUGUAUCUUUAAUUUGUGAAAGUGUAUAUCUUGAAUCUGAAUCUCAUCAAGCAAAGAAUGAAGAAGAGUUGGAAGAAGCAGCUGCUGUUACGACAAAGUCUACUCUUUCUUCAUACAGAACAUAUCCAGAUAAUGAUGAUGAAGAUAAAAAGGAAAGCCAGAGGCCAUACAUCCUUCUUGAUGUGAGAGAUGUUGAUGAAUACAACAAAAAUCACAUAAUCACGGCUGAUAACUAUCCUAAAAGUCUACUCUCUCGCGCUAAUUAUGAAACAUCUUCUCUUCUGAAAUAUAAAAAUCAUCCUGAGCACAUUAUAGUAGUGUAUGACGAAGAUGAAAUACUAGCACCCCAAGUGGCUACAACUCUAAUGGAACGAGGUUACGAAAAUGUGUUUAUGCUCAGUGGCGGAUUAAAGGUGGCCAAACAUUGUUUCCCGCAUUCAUUGGUUGUGACUUCAGGAAUAACUAUGAGCGUGGAAACUAGUCAAAUAUUAACAGCACAGCUGCAACAAAUGAGCUUCCGUUAUCGUAAAUGAUUCAUACAAACAAUAUCAUAGAUGCUCUUGGCUUCAAACUCAGCAUGUCUAGGAUCUCCUACAAACGCAAAGCUAAUUUUAGAAAUUUAAUAUUUCAAUUGUCUUCAAAAGAAAACUUUGUAAAUAUUUGUGCCUGAUUUAUUGUUUAUGCUUAAUCAGCUUCACAUAUUGCUCACUUGUAUCUGUAUAACAAGAUAAAUUUAUAUUCACCUAUGCCACAAUACAAGAAAUGUGUUAGGUUUA